AUGAGAAAAGGCAGCUUUGCGAGGACGGCUGGAAUCCGGUAUCCCAGUUUGACUGUGUUCGAAGAUGUGCUGGUUUCGAUUCAAAGUCUGAUCCUUGUUCCGGAUCCCUAUUUCAAUGAGCCUGGCUUUGAGAAGACGCGGAACACGCCCAGUGGAGUGAACGCUGCGAAAGAUUACGAUGCGAAUAUUCGGCAAGCGACUGUUCGUUGGGCCAUGCUCGAGCACCUUCGUAAUCCGUCGCCGUGCUUCGAAGACGUAAUCAGCGCUCAUUUUUGGAUGAAGCGAGGAGAAAUUUUGGAACAAGUCAAAACCUGGGUGAAAGAGGCCGAAGCCAUGCCGUCUGCGAGCAAAACUUCGCGAUUGCUGACGUCAUCCAUGAAUGCUGCCAAGAUGAUUCGGCGCCAUUACACAGCUUUGAAAGAAGAAUUUUCAAAAAUGGCUCCUUAUCCUGGGCUGGAAAACCUUGCGGUUGACACUGGUUCACCGCUGUCGAAAGAUCGCAAAAAACGUUCAGCGGAAAAGCGCAAGAAACCUGCUCAGGUUGCAGAUGCUUCUGCUCAAAAAGGGAAGGAACAAGAGAAGAGUAAUGAAGACGACCAAGAUGGCACCGGUUCACCUCCAGGUCCCAUGUCCGUUCAAGCAAUUAUGAUCUGAAGCGAUGAAAACCGACAAGUGAUCAGGGAAUAUCGAGACCGGCUUCAUUGAAACGCCCGACGCAAAUGAGAUUGUUUUCGUUUUUUUUUUUUUCAAUUUGAUUGAAUAUGUUGAUUUGCUUCGUACGCGUAGAAGCUUAGUAUUUUGUGGCAUUGUGGCGAGAAAGGGGGAUUCGUUUUCGCUUCCAGGUCUGUUCCGACUCUCGCUUGCGAAUAGGAGCGUGAGUUCUGACCCCAGUGAUCUUCGUGAUUUUCACAAAUGUUUUUUUUUUGUUGACUUGAAAAGCACUCCCGCAAUGAAAGGAAAUGUGCGCUGAAA